AAAUGGAAAUAAUGAUACUUUGCAUUUGCGUUGCCUGUUGUUUGGAACCUUCUUCCAAAUUCUUGGUCCCAUUUGCUCUUCACAGUAUCCCCAAAAGUCAGGCAGGGUUGGUGGUAGGUUGGUGGUACGACCCCCUUUUCAUAGACGACACGAAAAGUCCGGGAGCCUUCUGGGAACAGUUCGUGUGGCGGCCCUAUCUGGAAAUCCCAUUUUGGAAUAAGGUCCUUGAGCCCAGAGGCUUUGGGCACAGAAAGCCGUUUCUCUGCUUUCUCCAACAUUCCCUACACUCUCCCACUAAGCCACAGGGUCUCUGUAAUGAGGAGAACUUCGGACUUCGGUACCUGCAGGAACGCCCUGCCGAAGAGACAAAUGGACAGAAACAACCAGACCUCGGGUGGGACCCCGGAGGGUGUCAGGCCAGGCAGCUCCCGGUGACUCCGGAGGGCUUACGGGAAAAGGAAACAGCACCUCCGGCCAAAAGCAGACGGAAGGCUCCAGGUCCGCCGACGCUUAAUCACCGAAUGGCCCCACCUCCUCGUCUCCAAGCUGUUAAUGGAAAGAAGGAGCAGAAUAAGAACACAUUAAACCUUAAACUGAGAGAUAUCACUGUGAGAGAACAAGAGAAGUGGAACCGCUUCAGAAUGAGAUGUUUUGCACCUCUGGCAGUUUUCGGUCAAAACUACUUAGAUUGUAUGAAAGGGGCCAUUGCAAGCUUUUGAGAAGGGGAGAAAAAUGAUCCAUACUGUAUAUGAAGAUAAUGCCAGCAUAAUGAAGAAUUGUUAGAGAAAUACAGUCAUUUGGUACAGGCUCCCAAAACAACGUGAUAAGGAACAGAACAGAAUGAAGAAAUGUCCCCGUACGGGCAGUGCUGGGGACGUGACGACAGCAGCAAGUUACCUUGGGGAACAGUGACAUCACUGGAGCACUCGGGCCACUCGGGAGCCUCCGUGGAAGGAGGCGUCACCCAGCACACCGCCUCUGAGCGUGCAUGAUGCGCCCCAGACAUCCCUGGCGUGAGGACUGAGUCAGGAGCUGGGGGUCAGUCAUUGUGCUGAUUCGGGCUAGAGCCAGAGGCCUCGUGGCUGUGACCCAGACCCUGAUCAUACCCAGGUGAGUGUCUUUAAGAGCCUGAAUAAGGAGCAGCAGCAGCUUAGACAGGAAUUGUCCACAUGUGGCUCCACCUUGCGCCUACCUGCUCUCUGCGGCAACAACCAGCAUUCUGUAACAAGAGUGAGCGCGUGUAGCGGUACCAGCCCUGAGAUUUUCCCUCCAGAUGUGAAAGCUUGGUGAUGGGGAAGAGCCUCUGAGACUCUCUGUCCUUUUUUUUUUAAAGAUAAUUUUACUUAUUUAUUCAUCUAGGCUGUGCUGAGUCUUCACUGCUGCGUGAGCUUUCUCUGGGUCUCCGGUUGUGGGGAGGGAGGGUCGCUCUCUAGUGCAUCGCGUGGGCCCCUCGUUGCCCUGGCCUUUCUUGUUUCGGGGCACAGGCUCUAGGACGUGUGGGCUCAGCAGGUGCGGCACACAGCAUGCGUUAGCUGCUUUGUGACAUGUGGGAUCUUCCAGGAUCAGGGUUCGAACCCGUGUCUCCU